CAGCGUUCCCGAAUGACAAGCGUCUCCUCAAAAAUGCCGUGCGCCGGUUCCGUGUGUUCCUACUACCCGUCGGCUGACUCUUCAAAGGUUCUCCUUGUCUUUGCUCUCGAUACCAUCAAUACUCUCGUUGAUGUGUACUUUUACGGUCGAGCGUUCAUAACUUGUCGAUGGAAAACGACGUACGCUUGUACCCUCGAGAUGCCCUGGGAUUUGAGUGUGGCCAUUGGUGCCAGCUUUCUGGUCUCGUUCUUCGUGCAAUGUUUCUAUGCCCACAGGAUUUGGAUAAUUAGCAAUCGGAAUAAACUGUUGACGGGUGCAGUGCUUGUCGCUGCGUCGGCACAACUGGUUUUCGGGUUCGUGUUAUUGGGAGUAGCGCGCACUGGGAACAUUGCCACCCUCUUUAACAGUCCGUACAACCCAGUCAAUUCUCUGGGAAGCGCAGUAUGUGAUGCGAUCAUCACGGCCAGCGUGUUAUUCUAUCUUCGCCCUUCUCGAACCAAUCUUCUUCGAAAGGACUACCACAUUCAAAAACUCAAUCUGGUCUAUGUUCAGACGGGCCUGAUCACAUUCCUGAAUGCCCUCGCAAUUGCUAUACUUUACUAUCAAGAUGGGAUAGCUGGAGAAUACCUUACUGUCGCACCGGGUAUCGUGAAGAGCAAAACGUACUUGAACGCCCUGCUAGCUGUACUGAAUGCACGGAAACUUACCCGCAAUCAGCCGGCACCACCUUUGGAAAUUCCCACCUUACCGACUAUUCACUGACCUCUGUUUUACCGUCUGUAUAUAAUCACCCUUCAUUCUCCAGGAAAUGAAAAUACACCCCGGACUUGGAUUUCCAGAGACUGUAGUGGCCGUGAGGUUCCAGACUGUGUCCAGGGAGAUCAUAUUUAUGUAAAACAUACUAAUACGGACGACUACAGAUGUAGCUGUAAAGGUAUCACGUGACCUUGAGUAGCGGG